CCUAACUGACGUCAAAUAAAUUAGUCAUCGUCUAAUUUUUAAGUAAUAUUUGCGUUAUUUCAGUUAAAGGCUGUUGUUUUCUUUUGUGUUAGGUGCAUAAAUACUGAUCACAAUGUCGUCCCGUAAGACAGCUGGCCGCCGCGGCACCAACAAGAAGCGUGCUCAGCGAGCAACUUCCAAUGUCUUUGCCAUGUUUGAUCAGGCUCAGAUUGCUGAGUUCAAGGAGGCAUUUAACAUGAUUGACCAGAACCGCGAUGGUUUUGUGGACAAAGAUGACCUUCAUGAUAUGUUGGCUUCCUUGGGCAAGAACCCAACUGAGGAUUACUUGGAAGGCAUGAUGAACGAAGCUCCAGGGCCUAUCAACUUCACCAUGUUCCUGACACUGUUCGGUGAGCGGCUCCAAGGAACUGACCCUGAGGAUGUCAUUAAGAAUGCAUUUGGAUGCUUCGACGAGGAAAACCAGGGCGUGAUAAACGAGGAGCGUCUCCGCGAGCUCCUCACCACCAUGGGCGACAGGUUCACAGACGAUGACGUAGACGAGAUGCUCCGCGAGGCUCCCAUCCGCGACGGACUCUUCGAUUACGUCGAGUUUACCCGCAUACUGAAGCACGGAGCCAAGGACAAGGACGAACAGUAGAGAGUUAACUAGGUGGGUUAUCAGUAGACAGGUAGAUGUUGCAUUAGAGGGUUCUAGAACAUUUUGAAUAGUUUUGAUACUUGAAUUUUAUUAUUCGACGUUUAUAAUCUCGAUACUGGUCGUUUGUAGUAUUGUAGCGGGUUUAUCAAAAGCAAGGUAUCGACCAGUAUUUUUAUAUCACCUCUAAUGGCAAACGAAAAUUGAAAGUACUUAUGAUUUUGUGAUCGCAAAUGAGAUGGGAGAAUUUAAUUUUUUACCUCGGCUGAAGUAGACAUGUAACCCGCCUUAAGCAUCGCCAUUUUAAUAAUUAUAUAAUAUUUUUGCCAAACAAUAAAUUGGUAAUAUAAAUCAGUAGAUGUAUAAGUUAGAUUGAUAUGAAUUUCAGGAUAACAUUUAAAGAUACUGAGGUGCUAAAUAUACCCUAGAUCUUAUCGAAUUACGCAUUUCCAUUCACGCAUUUUGUAUUAAAUUAUAAUUCCACUUUAUUGGACCACUAAGUUAAGUUUGGCUUCUUAUAAUUUUGUUCGUACCCAAUGUUCAGAUAUUAGUUUUUAAAAUUCGCAAGUAUUAUUGGCAGCACUGUGAUUUUAUGCAAGUUUAAAUGAAGGAUUCAGGUAAACAAGCUCUAUACAAUAAUGUAAUUCCAUGAAGGCAUUUAUUUUAAUUAUUUUUUCUACUUGUGUGUGAUUUUAGUAAAGCAUAAUUUCCUGAGAAGUUCCACUAUAAAUAGCAGUGUUGCCAGUUUCUAAAAAUCUUUAAUUGGUGAAGUAUUAAUAUAUCAUUCCCAGGAUUAGAUACUAACACUUCUCUCUAAAAUGAAGUCUAUUUUAAGUUGAAAUGACGAAACGUUUUGUUUAGUAAUAUUAUGAAUUGUUUAGUAUUAGUAUUUCAAUAAAAUUUAACUUAUAGUGUUAACAUAAUAAGUUGUGUAAUCAUGUAUGUAUGUAUUUGUUUUCAUUUAUUUACUCAUAAAUUUUUAUUAUCUCGGAA